ACUAGUCACGCAGUUCAUCUGGGAGAAUUCAUCGAGUGCAUCUGGACCCUGUCUUUCUACACUCAUUUUCCGUACACAACAGCCAUUGAAAAUGGAUCCCAACUUCAACCAAACUACCCAUUAUUCUGACGAUGCGGAUCGAUGGAGCCAAAAUAAUUUCACCAAUGUUACCUUCUCAAACAGCUCUGCAUUUUAUGUAAAUCUGAAUACAGCUGCUAACCUGCUUAGCAUUUUCAUCCUUGUAGACACUAUGGUUGCUCUGGGCUGCACGAUGAAGUUGUCCAAGAUAAAGGACCACAUCAUGAAACCCAAAGGGUUGGCGAUCGCCAUACUGGCUCAGUUCGGAGUGAUGCCCCUCACAGCGUUCUCGUUUGCUAAACUCUUCCAGCUUACUCCCAGUAAGGCCAUGGCAGUGCUGGUUUGUGGCUGCUCUCCAGGAGGGGUUCUUUCCAAUGUCCUAACCUAUGCCUUCAAGGGGGAUAUGAAUCUCAGCAUUGUUAUGACGACCUGCUCGACUGUGGCAGCACUGGGAAUGAUGCCCCUUCUGCUCUUCAUUUACUGCCAUGGCUUCUCCAACCCAAGUGCCGUGCCCUUCGUUAACAUCAUCCUGGCCUUGUUCUUGACUUUGGUACCUUGUGCUGUUGGCAUCUGCAUUAACCACUACAUACCACAGUACUCCAAACUUGUCACCAGGGUUGGGCUGAUUAUGAUGCUGGUCAGUUUGAUUGUGUUUGCUAUUUUGAUCGGGAUUUUAUUAGGCGAGGCUGUCCUGACAGUUGCAGCGCCUCCACUCGUGGCCACAGCAGCACUUAUGCCACUCAUUGGAUAUGGACUCGGCUACGUGCUGUCAGUCUUCUUCAGGUUUAACGGACCAUGUAGGAGGACUGUUGCUAUAGAGACGGGUUGCCAGAACAUCGUCCUGUGCUAUUCUAUCCUAAAAGUAGCCUUCGAUCCGACGUUCAUCGGGCCGUAUUUCCUUUUCCCUUUUCUCUUCUUUUUCUUCCAAAUUCCUGAAGCGUUGCUUGUAAUCACAAUCUUUCGAUGGUACACAAAGCAGAAAUCUUCAGAUGAACCUUUAGCGAAUCAUCAGGACUGCUGAGUAUUUUUGGACGAGUACAAACGAAUGAAUAAUUUCAGAGCUGUGGAAGUUGAGGUUGUUGUAUUAAAAUCUACAUAUUCAAUGGAAGUAUUAUUGUUUUAGACCCAAGUUGCUCUACCUGGGUUCAGCCUUUAGUAAGGGGUGUGGGGCAACAAUAUAAACUAAAGCAUUUUUGUUUUGUUUUUCUGCUAAGUUCCAUGGGAAAUGCUAACUCAGUGGUUAAGACAUUGGACUCCAGAUUGGGAGGUUGUGAGUUCCAAGCAGUCAUGGUGAGCCCUUGAGCAAAGUUACCAACCAAAAGCAUGAUGAAAUCUUACAAGACACGAGAUAUACAGUAACCUCAGUUAUACAUUUGAUAAAACAUUACCAAACAUUACCAGUAAUAAUAGUUCAACCAGUGUUUAAAAAAACACUUCACAUUUCCCUCCUCAAUGGAGGACAUUACCUGCAAAUGUGCAUUAAAUGUGGCCAAGCAUUGGAAGAGAAGCACAACAGUUAUGUUUCUGUUGAAAAGAAAAGAAGGUUAUUAAAUAAAUAAAUAAAUGUAAUAAUUUAUUUGUUGCUGAUGUGAGUAACGGUG